GUAAAUAAUGAUAUCGUCAAAAUUGUAAACGUCAAAAUUAACUGCGUUGCAUAAAUUUCGAGUAUAUCUUAAAUUAUUGUAUAAUAUGGGUAUUAUUUACGUUUAAUUGGGUUUGUGCGUAACUAUUAUAUGAUGUUGUGUUGCCUUAGAUUUCAGCGAGAGUUAUCACACGCGCAAGGAGAAGUUGUCCAAUCUGCAGGUGCCGAAUCUCGGCGAAGUCAGGCAAAGUUUAGGCAAUAAUCUAAGCAAUGUCUUCUUCGCCGCUUGCCCGGAUUCGCUCAAAGAGGACAUGGCCAUCGCCAACAAACUGCAAGGUCCUGGCGAUAACCUUUGGUCUUCACCGAGCGACCUCCUCAUCAAUAAACUCGUGCUGAAGCCGCCGUUGACAAACAAGCACAUCAAGGCGUUGACGCACGAAGGCAUCCUGGAGAUUGGUUACGAGGUGGAACUGAAACUGGAGCGUAUCCGAGAGGAAGUGCUGAAGAAGGCUUUGAACGACCAGGAGAAGACGCUGAGGUUCCUCGCCGCCAGAGAGACCGAAAAGGCUGUAGCGGAGGCCGUCGCAAGGGAACAGGAACUCUUCCGAUUGAAACUGAUGCAGCUGAACGAUGAAUUCGAAGUGCUCGUCCAAGAGUUGUUGGCCAAAGUGGAGGCGAGACUGAGGGAAACUUACGAAGAGAUGUUGGCCGAAGAGACGGAGCGUAUUUUGAGAGAACAAGAAAUUCUGUGGACGCAGAAGAUAGAGCAGGCCGUCGAGGAAACUGUCAUUACGUUGACAACGAAAUUCUUGGAGGAAUUGGAAAAGCAGGAACGCGAAAUGACCGAAGUCUUCAACGCUAAAUUAGAGUAAACUUACAGCAAGUUGCAAGACGCGACUGUUUGCUUAUCGUUGUUUAAUAUUUUCAGGGCCCAAAGGGAGAUGUUCUUGGCGGAAGCGGAAAAAGAUGCGGCAGUCUUUGAAGAACUUUUGAAACGGCUGAAGCACAACCUGCAAUGUAACAACAUCGCCAAUCUGAUGUACGUCCUCUGCGCAGAAAGACGCAAAUGCUAUUUGGAACAGAAGGAUCUUCUGGACACGUUCGAGAAGAAGGUGGAUUUACUUGAGCAGAAUCAGAAUUUCCUCAAUCGCGAAAUGGAUAAGCUCAAGCAACAAAAGGAGGAAAAGGAGAAGAAAAUUCGAAUUCGUGAGCAGUGCAUGCUCGGUGUUCUGGAACAGUUCCAGAAGUUCAUAAAUUUCGCGCUCAGAGCAAAUCCGACGCAAGCCGAAUUCCUGCUGAGCAUCCAGAAGAUGAUGACGUUCGAAUUGGUGCAAGCUGUUGCGGCUACGGAUAAAGAGGGGCGUCCGGUGCGGCAGUUGAUGCCCUGGAGGACAACUUCAGGUCCGUUCAGUUUGCUGAAAAACACGCCGAAGAAGAAAAUCAUCGACAAAUAUCACGAUUGUUUGAACGAACUUCCAACGCCGCGCGACUCGAAUGCAUCCAACGAUGAGCUGCUGGCGAUCACCUUUAACGAUAGGUUGUACGUGAGGGAGGACUUCAGGAAUCGCGUCGCGGCCGGAAUUCCGAUCAGAAAAUCGAGCAUGAUUUGGAACAAGGAGGUGGAGAAUCUGAUCAACAUUCUUAAAGAUACGGACGAGGUGUCGCUUCAGUUGGGCAUAGGGUCGGCGUGUUUCAAGGACGACAGCAGCGUCUCCAUCGUACCGAAUCUAAGAUCCAAUUUGUCCAACGUUCACUUCACGAAGGUGAGCGCGGAAACGGAAAGCGAGAACGUUGGUAUUCUGGCGACGCAGGAUUCGUUGGAGAUGCAGAAGUCUGUAAACAGGACGACGACCGAUGCCGUUUACGUUUGUACUCCAUCCGGAUGCGCUCUGCUCGCCGUUCCCGACUCGCUAACGGUCGUUAAAAACGUGGAGAAAUCUGAUAAGGAGAACACGAAUAUGGAGACUGUGCAUAUGAACUGCAGCCACGACACUCUGAAUUUGAGCGAGAUCAGGAAGAUUAGAUGUUCGGUGAACGAUGAUAGUAGUUUUAAAACGUUAUCGGCGGAGACGAUUCAGCUGCGCGAAAUGAAGCGGCAGAAGAAUAAAUUGGAGGAGGAAAGCAGAUUGCUUUGCAAGCCGGUGCCGGAGCAUCGAAAGCCGCCUAAGAUGAAAGAUCAGCAUUCGCAACGGCAGAGUUUACUAUCCAGGAUGUACAUUCAUAGAGACUCAUUAGAAUUACUCAGGGCAAACGUCAACUACGAUGAGGUUAAAGUCAAGGACUUGGUGCGACCGAAGGAGACGUCCAGCUCGUUCAUGUUAAUCAAUAUGCCUUUGGUCAGAGGAGAUAACGAUAGGCAGAAUAUCGAUUUCUCGCACGUGGCUGAAGUGUACUCACCGUCGUCGCCUAGCGGGAUGCGAUCCUCGAACAAGGUCAGAAAGUUAUUUGAGCCUUGCAAACCGCCGCCGAAAGAGUCUCAAAUCCAGGACGACGUCUCCAUAGCCUCGACGAAUUCCCAAUUCCACGCUCGCAUCAUUGGCAACGCCCAUGGAAACGAGCACAACGAGACGGGACACGACUUCACCGUGCAUCGCAUCCAUUCCAUUGUCGAUCUAUUGAAAACCGAUGACAGCCUCAUUAGGUUAUUCACGCGUUGCCAUCAAUAAACAUUAAUUCACUUAAUGGCUCUUUAGUCUAAUUUCUAUAAACGCGAUCGAUCUGGGGAAGUCUUCCUUCUCCCAUUUCAAUUA